GUCGGGUCAAGCCGAAUCAAUUACAGUAAACUGCAAAUGAAGGCCACCUUUUCUUCUUCUUCUUCUGUUGAUGAUGAUACUGUAAUUCGGUGGAGCUGAGAAAUAGCAAAAAUGAGAAAGCAAGUGUUAACUUUGACAGAAGCUGCGGCGUCGAGAAUACGGCAGCUGUUAGAGCAGCGUCAGCGUUCUUUCCUUAAGCUUGGCGUCAAAUCUCGCGGCUGUAACGGCUUAUCUUAUACCCUCAAUUAUGCAGAUGAUAAAGGAAAAUUUGAUGAGUUAGUUGAGGACAAGGGCGUGAAGAUACUGAUUGAUCCAAAGGCUCUUAUGCACGUCCUAGGUACAGAGAUGGAUUUUGUUGAUGACAAGCUCAGAUCUGAGUUCAUAUUUAUCAAUCCAAAUGCAACUAGACAAUGCGGUUGUGGAGAAUCUUUCAUGACAACAACUAGCUCAGAAGCUGCUAAGUUGCGUGGCAAAUCAAACUGAUAGCUUGUUUUAUACUCAGUAGUCAGUAUGAUGUACGUUAUAUAUACACUUAGAAGUGUGAGUAUAUAAUCUGGAGUGACAAAUCAAUGAGUUAAUGGUCAGAAACAAAGGCUUUUGUUAAUUUUUCUUCGACCUUUUUUAAUCUUCUUUUCUUGUGUACAUAUUGUAACGCUGUUCUUCACCCCCAAUAAUAUGAGUGGAUGCAUGUAUUACUUACUGCA